AAAAGUGGCCUAUGGUGAAAUCCAGCCAUGGAUCAUAGAAGUGACCUUCUAACAUUUUAUUUCUUAUUCUGCCUUUUUUAGGUAUGGUUGGUAUCUUUUCCUAACAGGAGCCAACAUAUGGCCAUCAAGGUCAUCAAGAAGAGCGACAAGACCAACAUGUCCGACAUCAUCACUGAGGCCCGGGUACUGAAGACGGCUGCUGGAUGCCCCUACCUUUGCCAAGGUCAUGGAUCAUUCCAAACACAGCGGCAUGCUCUGCUCGCUAUGGAGUAUGUCAGUGGAGGGACCCUAAGAAAUGUCAUCAAGAAUGCCGGCCAGCUGGAGAAGGACUUAGUAACAUUCUACGCAGCAGAACUGGUGUGCGGCCUCCAGUUUCUCCACUCUAAAGGGAUUAUUCAUCGGGAUCUUAAACCAGCUAAUGUCCUGGUAACCAACGAGGGACAUAUAAAGAUCGUCGACUUUGGUUUGGCAGCUGAGGGCGUGUUUGGAAAGAAAAAAAUCAAAGGCGCAAAAGGAACACUGCCCUUUAUGGCCCCAGAGGUGUUACAAGAGAAGAGAUAUAAUAGAGGAGUAGACUGGUGGGCAUUAGGGAUCAUCGUAUCUAAAAUGGCAUGUGGGACCUCACCAUUCAUAGAGUACGGCAACAGUACAGAAUGCCGUUUGUCGAUUCUUCUUGAACAGCCAUGCAUUCUGAUAAGGUUCAGCCCCGAAUUGCAAGAUCUCCUGCGAAUGCUCCUGAAGAAAAAUCCGAAAGAACGACUGGGCUGCAAUGGAAAUAUUCGGGAACACCCAUUUUUUAAUGCCAUUGAUUGGGUGCAAAUAGAAAACCGGACUCUACCACCUCCUUCCCAGCCAAAAGCAUUGUCACCUGUGGAUUUUAAGAAGACAUGUGAGGAGCCACCAUCAUUCUUGGAGUCCCUGAAACAUACUAUCACAUCAGGUGAUCUGGUAUCUCUUCAAGAUAUGGCAUGUCUGGAUUAAAUUUCACAGGUUCCAGCCAUUUCUAGACCUUUUGGCACUGAUGGUGAUCUUAUACCCUACCAUCGUCCCCAUGCCACAACAAACAUCAGGCCCCAUUAUCAAUUCCAUGACUUCCAGUCUUCUGUCCUCAUUAUAUCUCUUUCAUCUUAAUUUUGGCCUACCGGAGGUUCCAUCAGUUGCCAUCUGCCCCAGGGUUUGGCCCUUGAUAUAAAACUCUGCCUUUGGCGUUUUUUUAUUCAUCCCUGCUUCUGCCAUCACCCUCUUCUAACACUUGCCAAUAGUCAUUACCAUCAGCCUUUGUCCCCCACACCAAUGGUCUAUCACUCACCAUUUCCAUUAUUCCCUGGCUAAAUCAUCACCACCUAUCAAUGGUCCAUCCAUUUUAUCGGCUCCUCACCUCUAGCCCUAUUAUCUAUACUAGUGUCAUUCACCGUCAGCUCCUACUAUUGGGUCCUGUAUCACCAUGAAUCCAGCAUCACCAUUGGUCCUAAAACCUUUGCACCCAGGGGUGAUUCUGCCCUCACUUCCACCCUGAGGCAGCCUACCCGAUGCCACCCCUUUUAACCAGCGUGGUUACCUUUUAACCAGGUAGAAGUGGGCUGCAUCAUUGUGCAGAGAAAUUUCUCACUCUCCACUGAAAUAGUAUUAAUUCCCCUUUAAAAAAGAUAAAGUUGACACUUAAGGGUACUAGGAACAACUUUUUGCCUCCCCUGUAACCCAUAGGCAUUACUGUCUGAGGCAAGUACCUCAACUAGCCUCAUAGCGGGAGCUCCCCUAUUUGCACCACACAGUACACUUUAAUAUUAUCCCCACCUUUCAUUCUAACUCCAGUUAUUUCAUUUAUGUAGGUUAUGUUUGGCUAAGGUAUAUAACUAAAGGACUCUUAUUUAAAUAUGGAUUUAUUAAAAACAGGAAUUUAUCAAGACAACCUGUAAUUGUAUAGGCAAUUAAAUAGAAAUAAACAGAAAGUAAAACAUGAAAUAGGAAACUAGAGUAUAGUCUAACAACAAUACUGCACACAGUUCACUACUGAUCCAGGGAUUUAUCCGAUUGCCAUAUUGGAGUCAGGAGGGAAUUUUUUCCCCCCUCUGAAGCACACUGGACACAGCUUCAGAUGAGGUUUUUUUGCCUUCCUCUGGAUCAAGAUAAAUAGGAAUUUUACGAAGAUAAACAAGAAUUUUAUGAAUGAAAGGUUGAAUCGUGUGGCUAUUAAUAUUUUUUAACCUUACACAUUAAAGUACUACUAAUUACUAAUUUAUGCAGGAUAAGGUGGGAUGGAAUGCUUAAAAAUUACAGAAUGUAGGAACAAAAUCUAUAUAAUUAAGUUAAAAUAAAAUGUCAAAAACUACAUUGGUUAAAAGAACUCAUAGUUCCGUGUUAACUCAUUAGAACCCCCCUAUUAUAGAACCACCCUCGAAUUGGUAAUUUAAUUUUUUUAACAAAUUUGCCUUAAAUUAUAGGAAAUAAAUUAAGGGGCAGAUUUACUAAGGG